AUGGUCUAUGAACAGAAUAUACUGCCAUCAAAUUCCACGCCUAGCCAUUUGGCAGCAAAAGUUGGUGUAAUUUACAUGAUUUUUGCGGUGGGGAUACUUGGCGAAGAACAAAGUAAUGGGAAUGAUGAGAUCCAUCCCGAAAGCGAAAGUGAACGAUGGUAUGCUGCAGCCAGGCAUAUGAUGUCAAUUGAGACCGGACCGCCAGCCUUGGAGACUAUUCAAGUGCGACUAGGAAUAUGUCUGUUUCUUUUAUCUUCCUCGCGGGCUAAUCAGUGCUGGUAUAUGUUUGGGACCACUAUGCAACUAGUGACCGCUCUGGGAUUGCAUCGGAGACAACUAUCCAAGAUGACACGCGGGGGACCGGCAUAUGUAGACCAGGAGUUACGCAAGCGUAUUUUCUGGAGCGCUUAUACUUUAGACAAGUAUUUGAGUGUUAUGUUUGGGCGGCCACGGCUGUUGAGUGAUGAAGAUAUCGACCAGGAUUUCCCAGAUGAAGUAAAUGACGAGGAUAUGUUCCUUGAAGCACCACCGCGAAUUCAAGACGCUAUGGAUGACACGGAUGUACUUCUAAGGCUCGGACUUAUCAUGGGCGAGAUCUCUAGGAGGGUGUAUCCUAUCAAAGCCGUAUCUACAGUGGCACCAUACGAGGCGGCAAUAGAACUUGUUGCCGAGUUACGCGAGUGGAAAGCAAGUGUCCAUCCCCUGUUCGGCAGUGUUCGGGCUUCCAGCUUGAUACCACCACUUUGUCGGCAAAGCCACGUUUUACACUUUGCAUAUAAUCAUGCCAUGAUACAUGCAACUCGACUAUUUAUCCUCAACGACUUCACUGAUUUGUCUCGCCGCCCACUAGUACCUCUUGACCUGGUUACAACUCAUGUAAAAAACUGUAUUGAUGCAGCCAAAGAUGUGAUGCAGCGGGUAGAUACUUUGGCUGAGCAAGGGUCCAUGCCGGAGUCUUUCUGGUUCACCCAUUACAUAUGUUUUUGCGCUAUUAUUGUGGUGUACAUUUACACAAUUCAACAACAUCAGUCUUCUCCUGGCCCGACGACCCCCAGUGUUUCCAGCACAACAGAGGAUGUGCAGGACCUAUUUAGUCUUGCAGAGAAAUGUCAGAUUCAUCUUGCAACUGCUACCCGUAAAAAUUGUCCAAGUCGAAGAUAUGGGAUCAUUUUGGAAGAAUUGAGACUCGAAGUGCACAGGCAGCUCUCUGCGACAAAUAUAUAUCCUAAUCAACCGCAACCUAUUGAAGUUGAAAGUGCAGAACAAAAUCUACAACCGGGCAAUAAAGCAUAUCAACCAGAAGAAUCAACUUUUGAUCAACCGGCCACAUCUAUGAAUACAGGCUUAAAUCCGUUCCCAUAUCUGGGGCAAACCUCUGUCCCGGGCGUGGAAGAUCCUAAUCUUAUGAGAGAUGAUGACUUUGAUUUCUUGAAUACCUUAGAUGGGUCUAUUUGGUGGACACAGUUGGACUCUUGGGUAUGA